CUUCCAGACAUGGACCUGAGCUCCUGAGCUCUCAGGUGUGGUACCUGAACGCUCCAGUCAACCUGAAGCAGGGCGCACAUUGUCUCACUGAACGCGAUCACCUGCAGGUCCACUUUACUUCACUUUACUCCAUUUUACCUCGCGCUGUACUCCACUUCGGACAAGUCUGACCCGCUUUCGCACCCGAGGACAGAGGCUGGAUCCAUCGCAAGGAUUCCUGGAGACGGAUCGGACCGGGCGCGCCCCCCAUGGGAGUCACAUGCCGCAUCGGGAGAGGGUCUCCUCGGGAGCGCGCAAUGGAGCUCGCAGCGCGACCCCGCGCGCUGCCCCCAGAAUGGUGUCCUUUCCUGGCCAGGAUCUCAAGAGCAAAGGACACAACCUACUGCAGAGCAAAGUCUUCCUGUGUCUCUCUAUCCUUCUCUGCCAUGAAGCCAUAGUGACAGAGGCUGCUUAUCUGGGGGGAAUGAAGGCUGUGUUUCCUAAUGACUGCGGUGACCACUGGACCCUACGAGAGCAGGGGACCCUGGCAAAGCUGGCCAAGAUGACCGUGUGCGUGGAUGUGCGCGUCCUCUUUCCAGGCACAUGGAUAGCCUUCUCCUACAGAAGCCCCCACAGUCCACAAUCAGAACUGACCCUGCAAGGUGACGGAAGGAUUCUGUUAGUGAUGCUGGGCUGGCAGAGAUACCGCUUCUAUGUGCCCCUGGCCCUCAACCAGUGGCAUCGCGUGUGUUUAUCCCUCAACGCACCCAAAUCCUUCCUCACCCUGAGGGUGAACAACGUCAACUACUGGCAGAGUAUCGGCACAGCAGUCUCACCCACCUCAUCAAGCGGGGAAUUAAGGCUGGGUUGCCAGCGCCCAUCUGAGAGUGUGGCAAAAGUGGAGCUUUACCUCCUUCGUGUUUGGGAUAAUGUCCUUCGCCAUAGCAACUGUGAGGAUGGCAAUGUGGUUGGUUGGAACUCAGAGCAGUGGGAGUACCACGCCAGCACAGUGAUGGAAGAUUCAACACUUCCAUGUGGUCAUCAUCGUAUCAAACGUGACGACAAAAAUGGCCAAAGCCCCUUCUCGUCAUCUACACAAAGCCCUACACCAUCAUCUAUUCCUCCAUCAAGCUCUGCCCCAUCAUCACAGACAUUAACUAGUACACUACCAUCUCCACCUCCAGAAACCCUUAUAUCUAAACCUACCUCAACCUCUACCCCACCAGCUUCAGCUACAUCAACCUUUCAUGCAUCUAAUUCAUUUACAUCUGUCUCCACCCCAUUACCUCCACCAACUACAACUUCCACAUCAACACCUUCAAUUGAAAGAACCCUUACAGCUCCAUCUACCUCAAAUUCUACCCCAACACCUAGAGCAGCAUUUACUGCUCUGUCUUCAACCACCACAACAUUUUCAACAACACCCACCCUGUUACUGACAGGCUCACCUAGUACAAUACCUUCUACAACAUUCAGUACACCACCUUCGACACUCCCAAACACAACACCUUCAGCCACAUUUACCCAACCACCUUUAACAUCUCCUAACACAACACUUCCAGCUACAUCCAUCACACCACCUCCAACAUCUCCUAACACAACAUCUACCAACCCAAUGCUUUCAGUCACAUCCACCACACCACCUUCAACAUCUCUCAGUAUAACUUAUCCAAACACAAAGAUUUUAAGCACUCAUACGACAGCACUUUUAGCAUCUCCUAACACAACAUCUCCCAACACCACAUUUUCAACCAUGUUCACUUUACCACCUUCAACAUCUCCCAACAUAAAUGUUUCAACCACGUUCACUUCAUCACCUUUAACAUUUCCCAACACAACAUCUCCCAACAUAAAUGUUUCAACCACGUUCACUUCACCACCUUUAAUAUUUCCCAACACAACAUCUCCCAACAUAAAUGUUUCAACCACGUUCACUUCACCACCUUUAACAUUUCCCAACACAACAUCUCCCAACAUAAAUGUUUCAACCAUGUUCACUUCACCACCUUUAAUAUUUCCCAACACAACAUCUCCCAACAUAAAUGUUUCAACCACGUUCACUUCACCACCUUUAACAUUUCCCAACACAUCUCCCAACAUAAAUGUUUCAACCACGUUCACUUCACCACCUUUAACAUUUCCCAACACAACAUCUCCUAACAUAAAUGUUUCAACCACAUUCACUUCACCACCUUCAACAUUUCCCAACACAACAUCUCCUAACAUAAAUGUUUCAACCACGUUCACUUCACCACCUUCAACAUUUCCCAACACAACAUCUCCUAACAUAAAUGUUUCAACCACAUUCACUUCACCACCUUCAACAUUUCCCAACACAACAUCUCCUAACAUAAAUGUUUCAACCACGUUCACUUCGCCACCUUCAACAUCUCCCAACACAACAUCUCCCAAUACAACUAUAUCCACCACGCUGCUGCCAGCUUCGCCCAACACGCUGCUUCCAGGCAUGUCAACAGCAACAACUCCAUCAAACACUUCCACCUCUGAAGGUCCCUAUGACAACAGCACAGGGGCGCUGGUGUUUCCCUGCUCAUUUUCAGAGUCCUGUGCAAAUGCGACUGCCUUCUACUGGAUGGACCUUGAAGUAAAUGUAACAGGAGUCCAGAAUGAGUCAGACAUAACCGUUGAGCUCACUCAACUCUUCAGCAUCUAUGAUUGCGUAGCAUCCAACAGUACGAGCAUCACAGUGACGCCGCUUGCCACCCCAGCCAACAUAACUGUCACCACGAACAACACAACUGUCUUGCUACUUAGCUCAAGCCAGAGCCAGAACACCACCUCUGGCAGUGGUACGAGCAUAUGCAACAGUGUGAAUGAGACCACCCGCCAACUCUUCCAGGCUAUCAAGGUCAUGUGUGACACUAAGGAGAACAUAAGCCUUACACGGUGCUCGGUGCUUCUCCAGCUCAGCAACGCCGUCAGCACCUGUCGGCUUGUCCAGGUGCUGAAAACCACUGCGGGAAACAUCCAGACCAACCUCCUGGGGAGCGUGCAGAGUGUGGCCCAGGGCCACUGUCCUAAUUCGAUGACAUCACCUCCUGCUGGAGACAUUGUUAUGUGUGACACCCCGACUCUGGUGUCCAGUCCAUGUCAAUACAGUGGACUGGUGAAUGUAACAUGUAAUAGUUAUGCUGAGACUGUGUACGUUCCUCUGAUGACUAACACGCCUGGGAAUGUGACCUGCCCGUCCCCCAGCUUCACAGAAGAGCAGACCUGCAGCUUCUCAGCUUACUGCAAUUCAGCAGCUGGUUUCUACACCUUUGAUAUCCUCAUCAAUCAACAGUGGAACCAGAAAGACCUUCAGAACAUGAUUGCUUCAAAGCUGAACUCUUCAGUACCAUCAUGCAACAUCUCCACGGUGACCCCAGGCUCAAACUGUUCUACAAACAACUCGCUGGCAGGACUGGUUCAGGCUGUCAAAGUCAAGUGUCUGAGUGCAAUUUUGAACUGCAGUGUGUACUUGAAGCUGGUCCAGCGCCUGGCUGUGUGUGACGUCUGGAGUGGGGUUAGUGAUGCCUUCUCAGACAUGGCAGGAAUGAACCUAUCCAGUUCUGUCAUCAUGCUGGCUAUAUACAGUUUAGAAUCAGGACCCACAGCAGAUCUUUGGAAUUUAAACUUCUCAAUGGAAUUCGUUUCCUUGAACCGUUCCCUAAUCUGCCACGUGACUACUCCACUCAACAAUAUGAUGCCUUGCGGUCCAGAGAAAAAUAUCUAUGCUUUACUGAAUGAAAGUUGUUCAGGUCCAAGUUCCUUGCCAUCCACAAGCAGCACUUCUGUUCCAGCCACAUCAAUGACCACUGUAUGGGCAAAUACCACGGUCGGAGCCUCCAACACAACAGAAAACUCCACAUCUGUGGUCUACAAUGCUACAACGAUUGGAGCAAAUGCCACAGAUUCUGGCUUUGAACCAGUAGGUGGUGCUACCACAGUCUCGAGCAAUACCACAAUGAUGUCAACAACAGCCUCUGGAACAACAGUGAGUGUGGAGGAAGAGCUGGCAGGGCUGUUGGCCUCGACGAGCGACGUUUUGGCCCUCAACUCUUCUGAGGUGGAGAUGCUCGUCUCAAAGCUACAGCAACUGCUCUCAGGGCCCAACGUCAGCCUGGCUGUUGGCAAUACUACCAUUGCUAUUGUCAGCAACCUGCUCAAUGCUUCUGCCAGUGUCUUGGCUGCCUCUUCCACCAGGCUCAUUGAAGUGGUGGACACAGUGGGGCUCAAGCUUGUUCUGACCAAUGGGAUACAGACCAUCCAGUCUCCCUCACUUGCUCUGGCUGUAAAAAAAAUGAAUGGCACAAACUUCCAGCAGACUUCUUUCACUAUAUUGGACCCCAACAAUAUCCAGGUCAGUGGUGAGGCCAAGCUUGGACGGUCAGUAUUGCCCCAAGCCUCUAUUACACUCCCAGCCUCAUUGACCAGUAACUUGACUCCAGAGGAGCAGCUGCAGGCCUCCAGAGUCCAGUUCAACUUCUACCAGAAGAGCACCUUGUUUGUGGAUCCAUCCCUUGGAAACCGCACACUGAAUAGUGGGAUCCUUGGUUCCAGUGUGUCCAACCUGACUAUCAGUGGUUUGAAAGACAAUGUGGUCUUCACUCUAAGGAACAAUGAACCCAUUUCAGCAAACUUUGUAGCUUCCUGUGUUUUCUGGGACUUCAGUAGAAAUGGUGGACAGGGAGGCUGGAACUCUGCGGGCUGUUUCAUUCAGAACUCUACAGAUGAGGAAACCAUCUGCAGCUGUAACCACCUGACCAGCUUUGGUGUGUUGCUGGACAUUUCGAUGCAGGGCAUAACAGACCCGACGCAGAUUUUAAUCCUCACCUAUAUUACCUACAUUGGCUGUGGAAUAUCUGCAAUCUUCCUGUCUGUCACCUUGCUCACUUACCUGGCCUUUGAAAAGCUGCGCAAGGACAUCCCAUCCAAGAUCCUCAUCAACCUGUGCCUGGCCCUGCUGCUGCUCAACCUGGUCUUCCUACUGGACUCCUGGCUGGCAUUAUAUUCUCAUGCUGUUGGCCUUUGCAUCUCUACUGCCUUCUUUUUGCACUACUUUCUGCUGGCCUCCUUUACCUGGAUGGGUCUUGAGGCCUUCCACAUGUACCUGGCUCUUGUCAAGGUCUUCAAUACCUAUGUACCCAGAUACAUGCUCAAGUUUGGCCUCGUUGGCUGGGGUGUCCCCCUUAUUGUGGUCAUCAUAGUCAUUGCCAUCAACAAAGACAACUACGGCCUUAUGUCAUAUGGUCGGUUCCCUGAUGGUUCCACAGAUGAUUUUUGCUGGAUAAAGAAUAAUGUGGCCUUCUAUGUCGCCGUGGUGGCCUACUUCUGCCUGAUAUUCCUGCUCAACAUGGCCAUGUUUGUGGUGGUUCUGGUUCAGCUGUGUCGGAUCAAGCGGCAGAAUCCCCACAACACACAGCACAGAAACGUAUGGCAGGAGAUGCGUAGUGUGGCUGGGCUCACCUUUCUCCUUGGCCUCACUUGGGGUUUUGCCUUCUUUGCCUGGGGGCCCGUCAACCUGGCAUUCAUGUAUCUCUUCUGCAUCUUCAACUGCCUGCAAGGCUUCUUCAUCUUUGUGUUCCACUGUGCUGUCAAAGAUGUCGUUCGGCGUCAGUGGAGAACCUAUCUGUGCUGUGGGAAAUUGUGGCUCCCAGAGAACUCAGACUGGAGCCAAACUGCCACGCAGAAGACAAUGAGGAAUCGGUCUAGAGUGAUGGCCACAUCCUCGCGUUCAUCUAACUCAACAGAGUCCAACAACUUCUCCAGCACUGCCUCAUUCCUGCCCAGGGAUCAGGCAGAGACAGCCAAUGGCAUUGGCAAUCCAGUUGAAGACGCGGUUAUCACUGCAAUGGAGCAGCCCAGUGAAGAUGUGGUUUUAAAUGAGAUCAACAGCAGACACAGGCACCAAAGGGAACACUGAAUUGUGUGUGUGUGUGUGUGUGUGUGUGUGUGUGUGUGUGUGUGUGUGUGUGUGUGUCAGUCAAUAUCCUUAGGUCUUCACAGUGAAUGCCUCAUAAACUGACUUCAGAUGUCCGAAUUCUGUUUUUGUACUGAAUCCAAUGAUUUUUCUCCAAAAUAUAGGGAUGCUUAGUACAUUUCUACUUAUCAC